UUGUCCGUUGAAAGACGGCGUUUAGAUCUUCGCAACCUUUGUGCAGUACGUGUUAUCCCGUAUCAUUCAACUACCAACUUCGAUUACUCGUUUACAAUUUACUAAAAAAAAAAAUGCUACGUGUUUUACCUCGUUUAAACAAAAAUUUAAUUUCCGUGGUUCGUGCAAAACCCGCAACUUCAUUGUUGAGAACAUUCCACAGCUCUAUACCUACUAGAAAUGCUGAAGGAAAAAUUGAUAAUCUUGUUGAAGAAAUUAGUAAAUUGUCUUUAUUAGAAACCUCUAAGCUUGUAGAGCAACUCAAGCAAAAACUGAACAUUUCCGACAUUGCUCCUAUGGCUGCCCCUAUGGCAGUUCCCGGGGCCGCUGCUGGUGCUCCUGAAGAAGGCAAUGAAGAGCCCAAGCCAGAAGAAAAGACAACUUGGAACUUAAAAUUGGAUUCCUUUGAUGCAGGUUCGAAAGCAAAGGUUAUCAAGGAAGUUAAGUCUUUGCUGGGAUUGUCUUUGGUUGAUGCUAAGAAAUUUGUUGAAAGUGCUCCCAAGGUUCUUAAGGAGAACGUAUUGAAAGAGGAUGCUGAAGCCAUUAAAUCCAAGUUGGAACAACUUACUUGCAAGGUCACCUUGGAGUAAGCUAGGUUAAAAUGAAAACAUAAAUACGAAAAAGCUGUAAUGCUUUUUCCAAUACAGUUUUAUAAGCAUGGUUCAAAGUAUUCUUUGCUACUUCUCAUCUCUAAAAUGGAAAUCUUUUUUUUUGGAAGAAGAAAAAAUAUGUACGCAUACAUAUAUAAAUGGCUUUGAUCAUUUGCUGUAAAACUUUCUCUACUCUAUAAAUCCCCUUUUUUGACCCACAGUUGGACUAUGACUUACAAUAUAUGCUUUCCUUCGACUCUAAUUCGGCCUUUUCAUAUAAUUAACAAAGAGAUUCACGAAUGCAUUCAUUAAACCUUACAAAAUCGUCGUUCAAUGAUUCCAAAUCACCUUCUGUGAUUGGUUCUAUAGUAUUCCAAGCAAUCUCAGGUUCUAUUUCUGGUUUCGCUAUUGCCCAUAUGUUUUCGCGCAUGCGCUUAUGCCGUUCCCGAUCUUCUUCUAAUCGCUUUAAUAUGUCGGCUCUAGAAAUUGACGCGGUGCCUUGGUCUUCACCUGCUUUGCUUGCUUGUUCAUGAGCGUCUACCAAGUUCAUUGCCUCCUGAAGCCGAGCGUCAUCUAUUAUGUUUUUUAGACGCAGAGAGUGAAGCACCUUUCUUACUUCAGGAGCAUUGGCUGCUCCCGCAAUUCCAAUUGGAACCACGUAUUCUACCAGUUUUAAAAUAUCACGAGUAAUCAUAGUAAUAUAACCACUAGUGAUUCCA